AUGUCUUCUACCCUCCGAGUCCCUGUGAAACCAGCAGUCGCUGUCUAUUGUGGCUCGUCGACGGGCAGAUAUCUUGCGUUUACAGCGGCUGCAGCCAGCGUGGGGCGUGCUCUGGCUAUUGAUGGCCGCUUGCUUGUGUAUGGCGGAGGAUCGAAGGGGAUCAUGGGUGUAGUUUCUGGUGCCGUUCUGGGACAAGGAGGAGAGGUGAUUGGUGUCAUUCCAAAGGCCAUGCUUAUUGGAGGUGGCGAGGGCGACAAGGGGGACAAUCCUCUAUGUGUCGACUUGAAUGAAGUUGGCCGGGGGAAGAUUGUUGUUGAAUCGAUGCAUGAGCGCAAGGUAGAAAUGGCCAAACGUGUGGAGGGCUUCAUCGGCCUUCCUGGAGGGUUUGGAACUUUCGAAGAGGUUCUCGAAGUAACCACCUGGUCUCAGCUCGGGAUUCAUGAUAAACCUGUCGUGCUCCUGAAUGUCCUCUCGUUUUGGGAGCCACUUCGAGUCCUCAUCAAAAGUAGCAUAGAUGCCGGGUUCAUUCGACCUGCAAGCGAAUCACUGGUGCUUUUCGUCGACGGUCCAGCAGCUCCAGAAGAUCAUGAAUCCUUUGAUUGGGGCAAAGCAGCGCUUGAUGCUCUCAAGGCUUGGAAAGGUCGGCAGUCCAAGCCGCUGUUCGACUGGUCGAAGAAAGAUGAGCAUGAAUCAUCCUAUGCCCGGACAUGA